CCAUUCUCAACACCUGCCUUAUCAACCAUGCAGCAGGGCAUAUCCGUCAUUUUCUCUAUAAACUCCACUACCGGUUGCCACCUUUAACCGAAAAAGAAAAGAAAAAAAGGAAGACAAACUGAUACAUUGGAAGUUUCUGUUUAGCAAGAACCAGUAAAAGAAGAAAAAGAAAAACGGGAAGCUGAGGCACUAAUGAUGGGAAAAUUGAUCUUAUCGGUCUUUCUGUUAAUCCUUGCAACUGUCAGUGGUGACUAUAUCAGACCUCCUCCUCGUAAAACUUUGCAUUUCUCAUGGAGUUACAAGUCCCCUUCUCAUCCCCAACAGUUGCACAUUUCUUUGGCUGGAGAUAAGCACAUGCGAGUUUCAUGGGUCACUGCUGACAAAUCUUCUCCAUCAACUGUUCAAUAUGGAACUUCACCUGGUAGAUACACUAGUAUAUCUCAAGGGGAGAGCACUUCUUAUAAUUAUCUGUUGUAUAGCUCAGGGAAGAUACACCACACAGUCAUUGGACCAUUGGAACCUGACACGGUUUACUUCUACAAAUGUGGAGGACAAGGUCGUGAGUUCCAGCUAAAGACUCCUCCAGCUCAGUCGCCGAUUACUUUUGCUGUGGCUGGAGAUUUAGGCCAAACUGGCUGGACUAAAUCGACUCUAGACCACAUUAAACAAUGUAAAUAUGAUGUGCAUCUGCUUCCUGGAGACCUUUCAUAUGCUGAUUAUAUGCAGCAUCGAUGGGACACAUUUGGCGAUCUGGUAGAGCCACUUGCUAGUGCAAGGCCAUGGAUGGUGACAGAAGGGAACCACGAAAAAGAAAUCAUACCAUUCUUAAUGGAUGGGUUUCAAUCCUAUAAUUCUAGAUGGAAAAUGCCCUUUGAGGAGAGUGGUUCAAGUUCAAAUCUUUAUUAUUCUUUUGAAGUUGCGGGGGCUCAUGUAAUUAUGCUUGGUUCAUAUGCAGAUUAUGAUGAGUAUUCAGAUCAAUAUAACUGGCUCAAGGCUGAUCUGGCUAAGGUGGACCGGAAGAAGACUCCUUGGCUGCUUGUACUAUUCCAUGUGCCAUGGUACAAUAGCAACAAGGCUCAUCAAGGUGAAGGGGACGGGAUGAUGGUAGCUAUGGAGCCAUUACUUUAUGCUGCUAGUGUGGACGUAGUGCUAGCUGGGCAUGUGCAUGCUUAUGAACGCACGAAACGUGUGAACAAUGGAAGGUCGGAUCAAUGUGGUGCUGUUCAUAUAACCAUUGGAGAUGGAGGAAAUAAAGAAGGUUUAGCACAAAAAUACAAAAGCCCACAGCCAGAAUGGUCAGUCUUCCGUGAGGCAAGCUUUGGCCACGGCGAGCUCAAAUUAGUAAAUUCAACUCACGCCUUCUGGACCUGGCACAGGAAUGAUGAUGACGAGCCUGUUAGAUCUGAUCAGAUCUGGAUAACAUCUUUGGUCAGUUCAGGAUGCAUCGACGAAAAGAGACAUGAACUGAGAAAAAUUCUUAUGGGACCUUAGAGUGGCUGCAUCUCCAGUUUCCGCUUUACUAAGUUUGGAUCAAAAUAUCAUGCUAGGGAUGCUGAUCAGCUGAUGUAAAUAUCUUGCAUGAGUAUAUUAAUCAAAAUAGUUGCUUCUAAGAUCAGGCGGACUGCUUAGUCCCUACUUAUGUGUAAGACCUAAUGGUAAAAUCAGGCUCAAGCUUCUCACCCUUUGGCUCUUCUUUGAAGAAGGCAAAGUUUGUUGUAUUCUACUUGCAUGUAUGCUUAUAUAAAGCAACUGCAAAUUGAAGCUUUUUCUGCUAUUAAAGAAAAUUUUCAAAUUGGUUCAUUUA